UCAGACAACAACGUCCCGGACGAAGGAUUAAAGGAAAGCUGUAACUAUCAGAACAACUUGGAUUGAUUAUAGGAAAACGCCAAUGAUCACGUGCUGAAGACAGACCGGAGCUUUGAUCCACCCUGUACGGUGACGACAUCCAGAAACGAGCUCCCCUGAAGAGGAAAUGGACGUGAGCACAAUGAUGGACAGGCCGAGGUCACCAGGCUGUGAGUCUGCAGCGAGCAACUGGUCAGCGGAUCGACCUAUUGACUUUAAAGGACAGGUGAACCCAGAGGUUAAAAGGUCAGAGUCCCCCAGCUGUGUGUCUGUAGUGAGCAACUGGUCAGAGGAUCGACCUAUUGACUUUAAAGGACCUGAUAUCCAGGAUAUUAAAAGGUCAGAGUCCCCCAGCUGUAUGUCUGCAGUGAGCAACUGGUCAGAGGAUCGACCUAUUGACUUUAAAGGAACUGAUAUCCAGGAUGUUAAAAGGUCAGAGUCCCCCAGCUGUGUGUCUGUAGUGAGCAACUGGUCAGAGGAUCGACCUAUUGACUUUAAAGGACCUGAUAUCCAGGAUAUUAAAAGGUCAGAGUCCCCCAGCUGUAUGUCUGCAGUGAGCAACUGGUCAGAGGAUCGACCUAUUGACUUUAAAGGAACUGAUAUCCAGGAUAUUAAAAGUCUGGUGUCUGGGAGGUUGUCAGCUGCCUGUAGCUAUAUGUCUAUGGCUACUAACCCACCAGAGGAAGACCCUCAAGAACACAGGCCGAGCCCUGACUACGCUGAGGCUGGAGACGUGGCCUGUGAUCUGUGUAAAGGAAGGAAGUUAAAAGCGUGCAAGUCCUGCAUGACCUGCCUUGCCUCCUUUUGUGAGACACAUGUCAGAGAUCACUACACAGUGGAGGCACUGCAGAGACACCUACUGGUGGAGAUCACUAAAAGCCUCAACAUACUUCAGGAGAACGCUCAGCUGAAGAAAAUAAUCAGGGAGGAACGGUCUGAGAAGAUGGCCCUGAGGAAAGAGAUCACUACUCUGAGGCAGAAGAUCUGUGAACUGAGGCUUCCUGACUACAUUUGCAAAGGGAAGAUACCUGCGGCAGCUAACUUGACAUUGGAUCCUGAAACAGCUCACUGCACACUCAUCUUGUCUGAUGACAGAAAACGAGUGCGACUGGGGGAAAGGAAAACAGUCAAUCACAGUGCACAGAGAUUUGACAAGUAUGAGUGCGUCCUCACCACUGAAGGCUUCAGCACUGGACGGCACUACUGGGAGGUGGAGGUCAACAAAGAGUUCACGAUUGGGGUCGCCAGAGAGUCGGCUCAGAGGAAGGGAAAGUUCAACUUCUCACCCAGUGUGGGUUACUGGUGUCUCUAUCACUACAGACAGUCCUUCACAGCUCUAGAUGAGCCCAGCAGGCCCCUGCCAAUCGACGCUGUGCCCCGGGUCUUGGGGGUCUGCCUGGAUAUCGAUGAGAAGUGGGUCAUUUUUUAUAACACUGAGACUAAAGCUCACAUUUACACAUUUAGGCAGAUGGAGUUUGGAGACAGAGAGAAGAUCUACCCUGUAUUCACCACCUUGGAGAAAUCAGUGGGGCUGAAGAUUAAGACUGUGACCUGAAAUAAAUGAAUGAGCAGGCUGUAGUUGGCUAUGACAUGCAGUAGUGGUUGCAGCUUGAUGUGAUGCGUCAUCCUAUUAUAAGCUGAAUCAGGUGUGUCCAUCUACCCCAGAUUUAGUCAACCAGCCAAGACGUUGUUGCUGCCCAAAUUUUGCUUCUUUACUGUAGCGCUGGGGCUACAAGGCUAAUGUAGCUAAUAAACAUUUAAAGUCAAUAGCCACCCAAGUCUUUUACGUAAAUAUCAUCCCUCACAUGUCUCUCAGACCAAACCCAGGUCUUCAUUCAGGUGGAACAGACCUGAGACAGUAGAUGUGGUUUGGGACACUAAGACUGUGAGCUAUAAGCAUCACUGAGUAGCUGAACGCUGCAGUUAGCUGUUUUAGACGACAGGUACGGUGCUGUGCUGAACUCCAUCCCAUUAUGCAACCAGAUGAAAUCUACAAUCAAGAUUUCUGUUGUUUUAUGAACAUCAUUUUUAGUGGAAUUAGGCACAACAUCUGCUAAAACAGCUGGUUGCUGUUAUCAGCUAUGUGAUGAAGUUUUGUUCAUAUUUAUAGCUCCCAGUAAGUCCGACAGUCCCCUAAACCACAUUUACAAGGCUGUACCGCCUUAAUGAAGACCUGGGUGCGGUUUAUACAGGCUCAGAUAUAUAUUUAUGGAAAAGACUCGAGUAACUGUUAACGUCUAGUGUUUGUUAGCAACAUCGGCCUCGUAGAUCCAGCUCUAAACAAAAGAUGCAAAAUUUGGACCUGACAUGUCUUGGCUGAGCACCAACGUCUGGGGUCAGUGGACAGUUGUGUACAUUUGAUUUUUGGCCAAAUCAGUCCUUUACUAGCGUUUUGUCUUGUAUUUUAUAUUUAUUGUAUAUUUGUCCUGCUCUGAUUGGCUGUGAUGUACUACGCCUUGUUUAAAAAGCCAUUAGGUCUAUUAUGUGGCAGUAGGAGCCGCUGACUGGGCAGAUGUAAUUGAAAGGGCUUAGGUUAGAUGCUUCAACCAUUUUAGCAAGUUAUCACAUACCAAUAUAUGAUUUCAUGUUACCCAACUAUGUAACAGCCAUGAUUACAGCAUACCUUCUGGUUUUCUUUACAAACUUUCCUGUAACUUUAAUCUUAGCUACCUGAUCAACACUUUCUGUUAUCUAUGCUUCCUUCACCUAUGCUGGAGUUCUGCUUAGUCCUGGACAUGCAGGGCUGCAGAUUCAACUUCAGUUGUUCCCUUCAAAUCCUUUAGUAGCUGCAAUGACACAUUUGCUUACUGACAGCCAGAAACAGCACAACGUUUAAUCAUUUUCCCACAAUUUCCACUCCAAUAACUCUGGACACACUGUCUGCAGGAACAACACUCCACAUCACUUCAACAGGAAUGGGCGGGGCUAACCUGCUGUGAAAUGAGUGGGCGGGGCCAGCCUGCUGUGCACUGAAUGGGCAGGGCUAACCUGCUGUGUGCUGAAUGGGUGGGUGUGGUUAAACUGCUGUAGGCUUUAAUUAAUGCCAAUGUCAGUUGUUUUGAUUCAUGUCAACCUUGGCUCUUUUGACGUAGCUGAAUAGUUCAGAGUGAAAAAAAUCCAUUUUAUUUUAAAAAUAUGCAAAACAGCUUGCGUAUUGAUUUUUUUCUCAGGUUACGUUUUAUUAACAAACCAUUCCAAUGCAAAUAAAAAGCUGUGAGUCCAA